GAUAUUCAUGCGCGUAGAGUUCACCGGGGAGGUUCUAUUAUGAUAAAGUGAUUUUUCUAUGCCAAAUAUGCGUUAGAAUUGUUUGUUUCCCAAAUGAAGCUAGCUGGCACAAUCUCUCUCUAUAUAUGCAUGGUUUCCCCAUCCUAUAUAGUUCUCUAUAUUUAUAGUACCAUGUUGUCUCACAUUUUCUCUAUAGAACACUAAAAUGUUAAGUAUAAAUAUUUACUAAAAGAAAUUCAUCAAUGGCGUUUAGUAGAAGACCAGCAAGGUUUAAAAGGCCAGAUUUCAUGCAGACAGAACCAAUUAGUCAAGAAAAGCUGGAAAUGUUAAGGGCUGCUGCUGCUCGUGUUUAUAUUAAUGAGAAAAUUCCUGCAAAAGAAUCCUUAGUUAGUGUUUCGGUACAGCAAGUGGAUACCAUUGAUACCGUAAAUGCGAAUGUGGAGAAAAAACAAGAUCAUGACAAUGGAGUGCAGCUUCUCGCAACAGUUGCUUCUGAAUUUCACAGUUUAGAAUGGUGUGGAAAAAAAAAGAGGAGUUCGUUGUCAGGAAGAAAGCAAACGCGUUGAGUUAUCCCUGAUUUUGAUGAUUAAAAUUAAGUUGUACUAAAAAAAGCUAUAGUAGUUGAUAUAUAUUUGACUCAACCAAUAAAUAAGAA